CUCAGCCUCCCACAACUAUCUGCUCACCAGCCUGGUACACGCAGACUCCUAGGCCCACCUUGAACAUUCACCAUUGCACCCUCCCUGGCACACUUCUUUCACCCUUGGCUUCUGCCACCUCUCCCUGGGCAAUAUUGUCAGCCCUUCUAUAACCCCAGAGCAGCAACCCUGACCCAUCAUCCACGCCAACCCCACCAUGUCCCUGGGGCCACUAAAAUUCCAGGCAGUGGGCAAAGAGGAUGAAAAGGAUGAUGAGGAGGAGAGCCUGGACUCUGUGAAGGCGCUGACGGCCAAGCUGCAGCUGCAGACACGGCGGCCCUCCUAUCUGGAGUGGACGGCCCAGGUCCAGAGCCAGGCCUGGCGCAGGGCCCAAGCCAGACCUGGGCCAGGGGGACCUGGGGCCAUCUGCGGCUUUGACUCAGUGGACUCUGCCCUUGAGUGGCUCCGCCAGGAGCUGCGGGAGAUGCAGGUUCAGGACCGGCAGCUGGCGGUGCAGUUGCUGCGGCUGCGAACCCAGCUUCACCGGCUAAAGGUAGACCAGGCCUGUCACCUGCACCAGGAGCUGCUGGACGAAGCCGAGCUGGAACUGGAGCUGGAGCCGGGGGCUGGCCUGGCCCUAGCCUCGCCGCUGCGGCACCUCGGCCUCACGCGCAUGAACAUCAGCUCCCGGCGCUUUACCCUCUGCUGA